GGUGAAGCAUUAACUUAUAACGAGUCAAAAGGAAAUUAUGGUACAUUUUGGAAAUAGUGUUAGAUAAAAUGGAUUGCGCAAAGAAAAAAGGAUACACACGUGAAAACUUUGUAUUUUAUUUCCAGUUAUACAUUGUAAUAUCUUGGUUAAUUGUUGUUUCAAACCAAGUUAAACAACCAGAAUUGCCAAAAACAGAAAACCAAAAAAAGAUUCUAAAUUUAGUGGAUAUCAAAAAGUGGAUUGAUCAAGCGGAUAGAAAAGACAUAGGCCUUUCAUACAAAUCAUUCAAUUAUGAAUUCCAACAAUCUAUAACUAAGAAAUAUAAACAAUGGAAAGAAUGGAAACACCAGAAAAGGAAAUCCUAUCAGGUCCGAAAGCAACCCCGGGCAUCGUCAUUAGUAAGAACAUUUUUACAGAGUCAAAAUGUCCAGGAAACUACUGGUAAAUUUUGGAAAUUUAAAUCCAGGCGGAAUAUGGAAAAUGAGUUUCAUCAAUCAGCGACACAUGGCUU